AUGAGACCUCCCUAUCAGCUGCCUCUCGUGCUGGCUUUCAGCCUCUUCUACUCCAGCGCCGUCGCCCGAGACCUUCCGCACCUCAACAUCACAGCCGUAACCCACGAUGACGGCGACUCGGUCCUGCAAUGCUGGCAGCUCCCCACGCCCUUCGACAUCUCCUCCACGCCCGGCGUGGCCAACGGAUCCUACGUUUUCCUCGGCCCCGUCGCCAACGCGACGCUCACCGUCGUCCCCGCCAACUCGGACGGAGGCCGGCACUAUGCGCAACCGCAGUGGGUGCACUUCAUAACCGGCCUCGCGCACAUAACGCUGCCCAGGUCCUCAGACGAGGCCCGGAUCAACGGGGGCAAGUAUGGCUUGUUGUGGGCGGGCGACACGAGGGAUGUGAGAAAGUGCGGCCACAGCACGUUUUACCACGAGGAGAGCGUCACGCUGGCGUUGAUGGCGGAGAACGGGGACGAGCCGGAGCACGAGGUCGUCAGGCUGGGGCCGUGCUUGCCGGAGGACUUGUUGGGGCUGGCCGACCUGGGAGACAAAGAGCCGAUUGCGAGAUUAGUAGUCGAGAUUAAUAUCUAG